CAUUUGGGGGAUAUCUGUACUGUCCUGACAUUUGGGGGAUAUCUGUACUGUCCUGACAUUUGGGGGAUAUCUGUACCGUUCCUGACAUUUGGGGGAUAUCUGUACCGUCCUGACAUUUGGGGGAUAUCUGUACCGUCCUGACAUUUGGGGGAUAUCUGUACUGUCCUGACAUUUGGGGGAUAUCUGUACUGUCCUGACAUUUGGGGGAUAUCUGUACCGUCCUGACAUUUGGGGGAUAUCUGU